AUUAAUGUUUUAUAAGUAUUUUUAUGAUUUGCUCGUUAACAAAAUCCUUCCGUACCUAAAGACCAAACUCUUCAAGUUUGCCCACUUCGACGCCACCCCUGACCGGCUUUCUCGGCGAAGCCCACGGAGUUCCUUGUCUUCCACCGAAAUCCAGAUAGACUGGGUUGUAACUUUCGUACACAUUUUCGUGUUGACUUCUCCACACCACCCUUUCUCUCUCAUUAACGACCUCUUCCCCGCCACCAAAAAACGACUUCGUUCUGUCCCUUUCUCUUCUCUACCGAAUUUUCUCUUCAUGGUCGGCAACUCCUUCACCUCAUUUGACCCAUUCAAUCACCCCACCUUCUACAUUCUUCUCCUCUGUUUUUCGUCGCCAGUCCUCCGUUUUUUGAUCGCACCAUUAUGCUCAACAGCUGAUCGACGAUAUUCUCCAGAAGGAAUUCGCAUUGUCGACUUUCCUGCAAUUUUGAUCCACCCAUUCGAUCUCCCCAAAAAACGAGUCUUUGAAGUUCUUUUAUUUCUUUUCUAAAUUUUUUUCCAAUGGGCUGCACGAACUCGAGGGAAGCAGAACGAGACCGUCCCCAAAGCCCGUCUCCGUUCGUCAGGAUUUUCUCCGUAUCUGUGUCGAUUGGAUCCCAGCGCAAAGGCGACAGCUUUAAUACCGCAGCCCUCCAUCUCUUCGAUGAGGAGAUGACGAAGAGCACUAACGACCAUAAGAACCUAGUCUCCACCGAGAUCCGGGUGUCAAAUACACCGGCAACGAGCCUGCAUUACCAGCUCGAACCAGAAAUCAUCAAUGCGUGGGAACUAAUGGAUGGCCUCGAAGAUAUAACUCCUCUCCGACCAUCCUUCGCCUCGAACACAUUGGAAGAGAGCGCAAGGUGCUCGCCAGUGAAGUCUGCCUCCGAAGAUUACGAAGGAUUUGAUCUUGAUAUCAUCUCCGGUUUCCGAAAGGCCAUUACAGAGCUCUCCCCUGAAGAAGCUUCUUUCGAAGAAAAUGAAAUACUGAAAUUCGCCGGAAUUGUUGAUGCCCAGAAGCCAAUGGUGUCGCCAUUGAAGAAAAGCCCGCCGGGUGGAGAAAGGAAACUCGUGCUGUACUUAACAAGUCUGAGAGGAGUGCGAAAGACCUUUGAAGAUUGCUGGAAUGUGAGGGUUAUACUUCAAGGCUACGGUUUUCGGGUUGAUGAAAGAGAUGUUUCGAUGCAUGGAGGCUUCAAGGAUGAGUUGCUUGAGAUUCUUGGUCCUGGGUAUUGCGGAAGUAAUCUUCCGAGGGUUUUUGCUGAUGGAAAGUAUAUUGGCGGAGCAGAAGAGGUGAUGCGGAUGCAUGAGGCGGGUGAAUUGGAAGAAGCUUUGAGAGAUUGUGAGGUGGUGGCGAUGGAGAAUGGCUGCAGUGUGGUGAACUGCGAAGGCUGCGGCGAUGUCAGGUUUGUGCCAUGCGAGAUAUGUUCGGGCAGCUGCAAGGUAUUUGUGGAGGAGGAGGAAGAAGGUGAGGUGGAGAUUGGAGGAUUCAGGAGAUGUUCGGAAUGUAAUGAGAAUGGAUUAGUUCGAUGCCCUCUUUGUUGCUAUUGAUCAUGUGAUGUGAAUUGUUUCAUGGAGGAUAAGAUGCAUGGUGGAAGUUGGAGGUUUUGAAAGAUGAAACAGUGAAACAGCUCUUUGUGGUUUGUUAUGGUUUUAUAUUUUUAAUAGAGCAUGGCUGCUUUCAUGAGAGCAACGUUUAAUACUUGAAGUGCAUCAAAGAGUGAAACCAUAAGCAUCCAUUUGCUUUUCUUUUUAUUUUUAUUUUUCAUGAAUUUUGCAGAAAACUAUAUUUCCUUAGCAUUUAUAAUGGCUAAAUGGUUCCUUAGAGACUUUUAAAACAAGUAACCGAGAAAAAACUUCAGCUUGCUUUUUUAUCUUUCUAGAUGACUCAAUUCAGAGAAAUGGGACAUGAGAAGAUGGAGAACUCAAAUACAGCAAUUAAGAACUUUUGUGAAGAAAAGGAUUACAUUAUAGUUGUGAAAAAGACAGGUUAUGUUGAUGUCAUGGUUUUAGUAUGCCAAUGUAUAUGAAAAACAACAAG